UAAAGAGUGCAGCGCGCGCGAGUAAAUUUUGAUAAAGAAGUUAAACUCGGUGAUGUAUUAAAAUAGAAUAACCUAAGGCUGUACUUAUCAAGUCACUAAUUUAAAAGUUAUCCGAACUACUAUUCAUUAGAAGUUAGUACUGAUUUUACUUGAAGUUAUUUUCUCAGUAUGGUACUUGUGCCUUUUUCAGCAGAAGGUUUAAGUCCUGAAAUGGAAGCAAUCGCAGAAAAGGAUCUUGGAGAGACACCUUCCGUAAGGAAGGAUUCCCUAGAAAGACUAAAAAAACUCAUAGCAGCUGAACCCGAUUUCUAUCCUUUUAUGGAUGACCAGUUUUUGUUAAGCUUUCUUCGACACCAGAAGCACAAGGUUCCAAAGGCUUUCAACACUCUACGAAAUUAUUAUCACUUUAAAGAGAAGUACUCCCGCAUUUUUACUGAUUUCCUACCUUCCGAACAUAAAGAAGUCAUGAAUAUGAACUGUUACUCAGUACUGCCUUACAGAGAUUCCCAAGGCAGAACUAUUACCGUCUGCACACCAGCUCGAUUAAAUGGCAAGAAAACUUCUAUAGACGAUUUUAUAGCAGUAGCUUUGACAGUUGGGUUGCUUGGUUGCAAAUUGGAUGCUGUUUCUAUAUGUGGCUGGGUGAUAAUCUUUGAUGCUAAGGACUUCUCUGUGGCAGAUUUGUUUAAAUUUGCAUGUGUGAAGCUUUUACUAUUUGUCCUCAAUUCUGUACAGGAUUGCCUGCCUUAUCGGCUUAAGGCAAUUCAUGUUGUAAAUGAACCAGAGAUUUUCCAUGCUAUUUAUAAUACUGUGAAACAUGCUCUGCCUAAGAAGAUAAGAGAGAGGGUGUUUAUGCACGGAAGCAAUUUAGAAGAACUCCAUAAAUACGUUUCACCAGAAUUCCUUCCAGAGGAAUUGGGAGGAUCUUUAGGUCCCAUAGAUAAUACAGAAUAUUUCAAGUAUGCGCUCACGCAAGAGGCAGUUUUGGAAGAGAUGAGAAACUGUGGGUUUAAAAAGGGAGACACGAUAAAAUCUGAGUGAUAAAUAAAUGUUAUAGUUACUAAACUUUAUUUAUAUUAAUAUCUUUUUAGAUUACAGGUUAUAUUAAAAUAUAAAUUAUACUCUCAGGUCAGGUAAAUUUACUUAAAAUUAAAAAAAAAAAGAAAAAAAAAAAAAAAAAAAACAGAAAAUGUCAUUAAAUAAACUCAGGAGAAAGGGUAUGAAAUUUUGAAUCAGUGAAUCAGACACCGGAAACUAUCAACCAAUCAACCAUAUCUGCUAAUUUAUGUAAUCAAACAUACCAAAAAGUAUUGAAAUCAGCAAAUCUUUUAAAAUUUUAUUUAGUUUGCUGAAAUAUAUAUAUAAAUGUGGGAUUUUAAAUCCUUAAUAUUUUUCCUCGCGCGCUGUCUAAAUUUUAGCUGUUAGCACGAGUGAAAUUGAUAGAACUCUCAC